ACAGCAGCUCCUCUUUCGCCCUCCUCGCCGGCUAUAUAAACAUGGCAAUCCUUCUUCAGCCUCCAGUGUCUUUUGGCAGUCAAUCCUGUAAACAUGAAGUUGGUCCUCCUCGUCUGCCUCGCCGCCGUGGCCGCCGCUGCGCCUCGACCCCAGGACGGCCCCCCCGUCGCCAUCCUGCGGGACGACCGCCACGACGACGGCAACGGCAACUUCAACUACGCCUUCGAGUCCGAGGACGGCACCAGCGUGUCGGCUGCGGGGGCGCCGGGCGCGGCGGGCCAGAGCAACAUCCAGGGCUCCUUCAGGUUCACCCUCCCCGACGGCACCAUCGCCGAGGUCUCCUACACCGCCGACGAGGAGGGCUUCAAGCCUCAAUCCGACCUCCUCCCCAUCGCCCCGCCCCUCCCCGCCCACGCCCUCGAGCAGAUCCAGUUCGCUGAGCAGCAGCGCGCCGCCGGGGUAGUCUUCGAAAAGUAGGGCUGAGUUGGCAGACGUUGUUGGUCCUUCCGCACUCCUGAUCGUUCCUUCUGUGAUGCUGGAGAGAGAAUGGAGAAGAUGAGAGUGCCGUGAACACUAUCUUUUAUCUUCUGUUCUCUUUAUCUAUCUUUCUUUUCCACGAGAUGUAUGGUUAAAGUGAAUAAAAUUACCUGUUGCUGCUAA